AUGGACCAUAUAUUAAGUGUUGUUCCUAGUGAUGAUUCAGAGGAAGGGGUGAAGUUGGUGACUGUUGAGGCUGGAAUAGAACUCUCAAAGCUUAAUAAAGAAUUAUCUGAAAAUCAUGAUUUGGCUUUGAGUAAUCUAGGUUCAAUAUCUGAUCUUACUGUUGGUGGAGUUAUCUCAACCGGAACUCAUGGAACUGGAAUAGAAUUCGGAUGUAUGCACACUCAGGUUGUGUCGUUAACGUUAUUAACAUCAAAAAAUCAAUUAAUAUCUUGUUCUGAAUCAGAAAAUCAAGAAAUAUUUAAAGCAGCAUUGUGUAGCCUUGGUUCAUUAGGUGUGAUACUUAGAGUGACGUUGAGAUGUGAGCAAGCAUUUCGAUUGGAUUCUAUCCAAUUGCCAGAAAAAUUAAAUAAUGUAUUAGAUAAUUUGGACCAAUUGAUUCAUUCGGCUCAACAUUUUAGAUUUUGGUGGUUUCCACAUACUGAUGAUUGUGUUACUUGGAAGGCUAAUAGAGUCAAUAAGGUGACUCCCAAGAAAAAAUCUAGCAAUUUCAUCAAAGACAAUCUGAUUUCAUAUCAUCUAUACCAACUAUCACUGUGCAUAUCAAAAUUUAUUCCAAAUCUAAUACCAAUAAUAACCAAAGGAAUGUUUAAACUGAAUCAUUCGAAGAAAAUUGAACGUGUUGAUGACUCAUAUGAAAUAUUUAAUUUUGAUUGUCUAUUCCCCCAAUAUGUUAAUGAAUGGGCUGUGCCGAUCGAGUUUGCGGCUGAUGCUAUAAGAAAAUUGGAUGAAUGGAUUAAUAAUCGUCAAAUCAAAGUUCAUUUUCCAGUUGAGGUCAGAUUUGUCAAUGAGGAUGAUGUUUGGUUGAGUCCUGCUUAUAAAAGAAAAGUUUGUUUCAUUGGAAUUAUCAUGUAUAGACCAUAUUAUUUAUCGGUUCCUUAUGAGGAAUAUUGGAACGCGUAUGAAAAUAUUAUGAGAUCUUUUGAUGGCAGACCACAUUGGGCAAAGGCACAUUCAAUGACACCAAAAGAACUUUAUAAAACAUAUCCUAAACUAACUUUAUUUAUUGAGUUGCAAAAAAGGUUGGAUCCAAAUAGCAUGUUUAUAAAUGAUUAUAUAAAGAGACAUUUAUUAUUACCAUCGGAAGGAGAAUAUGAUGAUGAUAAUGAAAGUUAA